AUGUUAGUAUCAAAUAAAAAACAAGGGUAAAAAUUUGGUAUUAUAAGCGCUAAUAAUCCUAUCCCUAUUCCUCUUCCUCUGGUUAGUUUUACUAGACCUCCAUUUCCAUGGCUAAUUAAACAUGGGACAAGCCUCUUCAUCUUCUUGUUCAACUCCAUGCUCUCAACAUUGCAUCACCCAUCAUCCUCAUGAGAUGUGCAACCAAUCACAAGCUCACGAUCUAACUUCAUCUCUUCCCGACGAAUGCUUAGCUUCCAUAUUCGACAAACUGAGCUGCCACGACAAGAACUCAUCUUCUUUAGUCUGUAAAAGAUGGAAAUACAUCGACUCCAUUUCCAGACAGCGUCUGGUUCUUCUUUCACCUUCAGAAAUGUCUCAUUCAUUGCCUGGUUUACUCACUCGUUUCACUUCUCUCUCUAUACUCUCCCUCAAAUGCUCCCGCAAACUCCUCAGUAUUGACGAUUUUUCAUUCUCUCGUAUCCCUAUUUUUCUUCCUUCACUGUCUAAGCUCAAACUCAAAGGCUGCACCGACAUUUCUGACGAUGGGUUACGUGCUUUUUCUUUGAAUCAUCCGGUUUCUCUCUCUAAAAUAUCUUUUGCUUCGUGUGGGUUCGGUGCUGCCGGUCUUAAUUCUCUUCUAACUAACUGUCCUUCUCUGGUUCAUCUCACUCUCAAGCGUCUUCGGAAGCUGGAUGCUCAUAACACCCCACUCUUUGAUGAGAAAAACAGGACUCAGCUCAAUAUUGUGAGGUUAUGCAUCAAAGAUUUGCAUAACGCUCGGAUUUUUACGCCUUUGCUGUCGGCUUCUGCUCAGUCUUUGAAAACGCUUAUUGUUUGCCGGAGCUCCGGUAACUGGGACAAAGUUUUCCAGUCUCUACAAGAGAAAACUUCCAGUUCGGCUUCCAUUUCAGAGAUCCAGAUUGAAAAUGUACAAAUGGGUGAUGCAGGACUAAUCGCAAUCUCCGCUCUUUGUCCUCAGCUCCAAGUUCUUCAGCUAAGCCGUACCACCGACUGCACCGACGAUGGACUGUCGGCAAUCGCCGCUUCUUGUAAGAGUCUCAGGAAGCUGCAUAUAGAUGCUUGGAGCAGAUUCGGCGGUCGUACUAUAAGUAACGACGGCGUAUUAGCUAUUGGUAGCCACUGUUUAGGGCUGCAGGAAUUGGUGCUUAUGGGUGUUCCUGUGAGUAGUUUAUCUCUAACUCUCCUGGCCUCGAAUUGUCGAGUACUCGAGAGAUUAGCCCUUUGUAACUCCGAUUCGGUUGGUGAUUCUGAAAUGGGAAUCAUUGCAGCGAAAUUCAUAGCGUUAAAGAAGCUCUGCAUAAAGAACUGUCCGAUCACGGAGUCCGGUAUUGAAGCCAUAGGAAGUGGCUGUCCGAAUUUGGUGAAACUGAAGGUGAAAAGAUGCAGAGCGAUAAGUGAAGCAAGUGUUAGGAAACUGAGAGUGCAGAGGAGUUCAGUGGUGGUUUCGGUUGAUCGAGGUUCAAUGGUGUUGCUUGGAGAAAGAAUGUUGGUUCCACAAGACGAAGAGAUUACUAGAAUUAGAGCAGCGAACACCGGGAGAGCAGCAGCAGCAGCAGCAACGGAUGUUAUUUGCAGUAGCAGAAGUGCUUUUUUCUUGAAGUCUAGAUUUGAAAAUGCUCUUCAACUUGGUAGGAGAAGAAGACCCAGUUAAUUUCUUUCAUCGUCUUUAAAAUACAAAAUUUGUUUCUAAUUCUUUGAUUCAAGUUUGUUGUGUUGGUGUGGUUUUUUUUCUUUAAAAGUCUGGAGAUGUGAUUAGUGACUCAAAACUGCUGCUAGUACAAAGGUGAUUUUUAAUUUUUGUGAUGAAUCAGUAUUUGCUUCACAUGGAUAUUCCUCUAUCGAUA